AUGUUGGAAAUUGAAUGGGCUGCUAAACUUUUAACUCAAUUGUUAGUUCAUGAAAAGUGUAUGAAAGAGAAAUAUGCUGCUGAAUUAUUCAAAAGAUUUGGUGACAUCAAUCAAAUUAUUCAUUAUAUGAAUCACCACCUCGAUCCUCUUGGUUUUAUGGUCAAUAAUGAAUUAAUAAACGGUGAAGAAUAUUUAAUAUUAAAUUGUGAAAAACACAAAAUACCAGAAUACCAAUGGAAUGAUACCGAAUUAGAACUUAACCUAAAGGAAGAACAUUUAUUUAAUUCUAAAUUAAAAAAAAAUGAAAUAAGUUUAUACUAUUUAAUCAUUGAUUAUAUAGUCAAUAAUAAUGAAAAAUUAAAAAUUAAUGAUACUGAAAUGUCCUAUGAAAGUUUUUGUAUACAGUUAAAUAUAAGAAAUGCAAAUACCCAAAAAUCAAUAAUGGAUAGAUUAAUAGCAAAUGAUUGGAUUACGAGUGAGGAUGGAUAUUUAUCUCUAGGAACUCGAUUUUUUACAGACUUGAUAAAAUAUUUCCCUCUUAAUAAAUUGGAAAAAUGCUCCUUAUGUAAUAAGGCAAUAAUUGUUGAGAAUAUUGAAUGCAAAAAUUGCAUGUCACUUUAUCAUGCCCACUGUUUUAAAGGGCUGGCAAAUAAAUUGUCACUUUGCUACAUAUGCAAAAGUCCAUUUUAG